AUGCCGGGUGCAAUUGGCGCCCUUGACUGCACACAUGUGAAAAUUUGCAAGCCAGGGGGAAGACGCGGAUAUGGAGAUGAAUAUAUUAAUCGUAAAGGUGUUGCCUCCAUUAAUGUGCAAGCAUCCUGUGAUGCCCAGGAAAGAUUCACCAGCAUUGACGCAAACUGGCCAGGAUCAGUUCAUGACAGUAGAAUUUGGAAAAAUUCGGAUGUAGGUCGCUUCGUGACAAAAACUCUGGGUGAUGGACAUCUUCUUGGGGAUGAAGGAUAUGGCAUAGCACCAUGGCUUAUGACGCCCUACGGUAAUCCAGUGCAGCCACAUGAGAGAACCUUCAACCGGAUACAUAAAAAGGAAAGGGCCGUAAUAGAGAGAUGUUUCGGGCAACUGAAAAAGAGAUUUCCGAUUUUGCUGGGACAGGUCAGGCUACGAAUUCCAAAAGUACCAAGUGUAGUUGUAGCAUGCUGCGUACUUCACAAUGCUGCCAAAUACCUAAAUGAUAGGGAUGACGACUUCAUCGAUGCUCAGGAUGACGAUGAUGAAGAAGGUGAUGAGGAUGAUGAUGAUGCGGAUCUCCGAAUUCGACACCGGGGGCAGGAGAGGCGACGUGCAAUAUCGGAAAUACUCCACGACGGUAAUCAAAAUUAA